AUGCGUGCGGCUGAGCGGGAAGGGGGUCCGAACCGACGCAUGCGCCGAACCGGAAAGGGAGCGCAGCCCCAGUUGGCGCAUGCGCCUGACGGGAAGAGGGCGGGGACUGGGGUUGCGCACGCGUCGGGGCGGAUGAGGGGGUGGGCGGGGCCGGUUGGCGCGCCUGCGCCGGAGAGAGGGAGACGGAGCGGCGGCGGCGGAGGGAGAGGCGUUGGACGGACGGUUGCGGUGAGAAGUCAAGUGGAGAUGGAGGGAGCUGGCCAGACUCUGCAGCCUCUGACCCCGGCUGCGCGGACCACGGGGGCCUUCACCUGUGCCACGUGCGGGGACCAGUUCAGUCGCUCGCACGCCCUCCAGCAGCACCUGCGAGUCCACGCCGGCCAGCGGGCGUUCGGGGAGAUGAGCUUCACCCGCUCGGCGGCCGUCUCCUCCCACGAGCAGUGCAACCGGGGUGAGCGCCUGGCCGUCUGCGACGUCUGCGGCAAGGGCUUCACGGUGGCGGCCCUGCUCGCUCGGCACCAGGCGGCGCACACCGGCCAGGAGGCCCACGAGUGCGGCCUGUGUGGCAAGACCUUCGCCCUGGCCACCAACUACCAGCAGCACCGCCGGCUGCACUUUGCGGCGGAGACCUACCGGUGCGACCAGUGCGGGAGCUGCUUCGUUCAGCAGGAGCAGCUGGUGCAGCACCAGCGCAGCCACGGCCUCCGUGAGUCCUUCAUCUGCCAGGCGUGUGGCAAAGGCUUCACCCAGGAGCGGUUCCUGCAGUGGCACAUGCCCGUUCACGCCGGCCUGAAGCUACUAGACAAUGCCAAAGCCUCCAUAGCCGGAUCUUCAAACCUACCUACCACCAGAACGUCCAAAUCUUUCCUCAACGGACCUUCAAACUCAGCGAGCACCAGAUCUUCAGACUCGGCGAUCACCAGAUCUUCAAACUCGGCGAUCACCAGAUCUUCAAACUCGGCGAGCACCAGAUCUUCAAACUCGGCGAUCACCAGAUCUUCAGACUCGGCGAUCACCAGAUCUUCAGACUCGGCGAUCACCAGAUCUUCAGACUCAGCGAUCACCAGAUCUUCAAACUCGGCGAUCACCAGAUCUUCAAACUCGGCGAGCACCGGAUCUUCAGACUCGGCGACCACCAGAUCUUCAGACUCGGCGAUCACCAGAUCUUCAGACUCGGCGAUCACCAGAUCUUCAGACUCGGCGAGCGCCAGAUCUUCAGACUCGGCGAGCACCAGAUCUUCAGACUCGGCGAUCACCAGAUCUUCAGACUCGGCGAUCACCAGAUCUUCAAACUCUCCCGGUGCCAGACUCUCCAAUUCCUCCAUCGCUGGGCUAUCCGGCUUUCCCACCGCCAGACUCCAUAACUGCUCCAUCGCUGGACCUGCAAACUCCUCCACCUUCUCCGCCACUGAGCCUUCAAACACCUCAAUCGCUGGACACACCAGCUCCUCCACCACAGAGCCCGGCUCCACUGCCAACCCCAUCACAAGGCCCAGCAUGAUCGCCUCCACCAUCAGGACCUCUUCCUCCACCGGGGGGCCCCCUUCCUCCACCGUGGGGCCCUCUUCCUCCACCGUGGGGCCCUCUUCCUCCACCGUGGGGCCCUUUUCCUCCACCGUGGGGCCCUCUUCCUCCACCGAGGGGCCCUCUUCCUCCACUGUGGGGCCCUCCUCUGCUGUGGAGCCCUCUUCCUCCACCGUGGGGCCCUCCUCCGCUGUGGAGCCCUCUUCCUCCACCGUGGGGCCCUCCUCCUCCGCCAUAGAGCCCUGCUCCUCCGCUGUGGGGCCCUCCUCCUCCGUGCAGCCCUCCUCCACUGCUGUGGGGCCCUCCUCCUCCGCCGUGGGGCCCUCCUCCGCCGUGCAGCCCUCCUCCACCGCUGUGGGGCCCUCCUCCUCCACCAUGGGGCCCUCUUCCGCCAUAGAGCCCUCCUCCUCCACUGUGGGGCCCUCCUCCGCCGUGGGGCCCUCCUCCUCUGCCGUGGGACCCUCCUCUGCUGUUGGGCCCUCCCCCUCCACCAUGGGGCCCUCCCCCUCCACCGUGGGGCCCUCCUCCUCUGCCGUGGGGCCCUCCUCCUCUGCCGUGGGGCCCUCCUCCUCUGCCGUGGGGCCCUCCUCCUCUGCCGUGGGGCCCUCCUCCGCCAUGGGGCCCUCCUCCACCGUGGGGCCCUUCUCCUCCACCGUGGGGCCCUUCUCCUCCGCCGUGGGGCCCUCCUCCGCCGUGGGGCCCUCCUCCACUGUGGGGCCCUCCUCCGCCGUGGGGCCCUCCUCCACCAUGGGGCCCUCCUCCACCGUGGGGCCCUUCUCCUCCACCGUGGGGCCCUUCUCCUCCGCCGUGGGGCCCUCCUCCGCCGUGGGGCCCUCCCCCUCCGCCGUGGGGCCCUCCCCCUCCGCCGUGGGGCAGCGCCUGUCGUGCAGGGUGUGCGGAGACUCCUUCAGCCGGACCCAGGCCCUCCAGCAGCACCAGCGAGUCCACGUGGGCCAACGGGUCCUCCCGCCCGCCCCCUCCUCCAGCUGCCAGCUCUGCGGUGCCACCUUGGCCCCAUCCAGGCAGGCCCCCCGCCGGUGCCCCCGGUGUGGGCUCCCCGGCUCCGAGAGGCUCCAGCGCUGGUGUCCGGCCCCGCCCGAGCCCUUCACCUGCUCGACCUGCCGGAAGGGCUUCGCCAGGCCUCACUACCUCCGCUGGCACAUGAUGCUGCACCGGGGGGAGCCGGAGCCGGAGCCGGAGGGGGUGCACCGGACCCAGCUCCAACCCCAGCCUCAACCCGCCAACUCUUUCAUCUGUGACACCUGCGGGGAUAGCUUCCAGCAGUGGGCGAGCUUGCAGUCCCACCAGAGCCUUCACCGUGAGCAGGUGGACACCAUGGUCAACAACGUCCUACCUCCAGCCCCCAGCGAUUGA